UGUCGAUCAGCUGUGAAUCAUUGAAUGUUAUGUUUACGCAUAUUUUGUAACGGUUUAUCGUGAACUAAAGUUUCUAAUCUAAUUUUUUAAUGUCUAAUUAACAAAUGUAACGUUAAAUAAUCGAUAUUUCACUAGAAAAACCCAGUGAAAUCGUGAAAAAUUAAAAUGUCUUCAUAUUUACGGGGUUCCCCUAAUUACGUCUGGUCUACGACGAGUAUUUUGGGCAAAGGGGCCACUGCUACAGUGCACCAGGGUGUGAAUAAAGUAAACGGUGAGCCAGUGGCAGUAAAAACAUUUAACCAUAUAAGCACAUUAAGACCUCUUGAUGUACAGCUAAGAGAAUUUGAAGUUCUUCGUAAAGUUAAGCAUGAAAAUAUCGUUAAAUUGCUUGCUAUUGAAGAAGAGCAAGAUAGUAGAGGUAAAGUUAUUGUUAUGGAACUGUGUACUGGUGGAAGUUUGUUUAAUAUACUUGAGGAUCCCGAGAACACUUAUGGGUUAGAAGAAAAGGAGUUUCUGUUGGUUUUAAAGCAUUUAUUUGCUGGGAUGAAGCAUUUACGUGAGAAUGAGUUGGUGCACAGAGACCUAAAACCAGGUAACAUAAUGAAAUUUAUCAGAGACGAUGGUUCCACAGUGUACAAAUUGACUGAUUUUGGCGCCGCACGUGAGUUACAAGACGGCCAACACUUCCAAUCGCUCUACGGAACUGAAGAAUACCUCCACCCCGACAUGUACGAAAGAGCAGUUUUACGAAAACACGUAAACAAAUCGUUUGGGGCCACAAUUGACCUCUGGUCAAUAGGAGUAACGUUAUUCCACGUCGCCACAGGAAGUCUACCAUUUAAACCCUACGGUGGGAGGAAAAAUAAAGAAACUAUGUACCAUAUUACGACAAAAAAAGAGUCGGGGGUUAUUUCCGGUAUACAAACAAAAGAAAAUGGUCCAAUAGAAUGGAGGAGGGAGCUUCCAAACAGCUGUCAAUUAAGUGCGGGUUUAAAGAAGAUUAUAACCCCACUUUUGGCUGGGCUACUAGAAGCCGACUCUAGAAAAAUAUGGUCGUUCGAAAAGUUUUUCUCUGAAGUAAGUACAGUAUUAUCCAGGGAGGCUAUAAAUAUAUUUCAUGUAAACAGGGCUGAGUUAAUAAAGGUUUAUAUUCACCCUGAUGAAAUUUAUAUGAAUUUGCAAGAGUAUAUAACAGAACAAACUGGUAUGGGACAAACAAGUCAAAUUAUAUUAUAUGAGACGACUUUGUUAAAUGAUAUUGUUAGGGAAAAUACAAGAGCGUGUGGUUAUCCAAAAACUACAGAGGAAGAACCGAUAUUUUUGUUUAAUAAAGAGAAUAAUAAUAUUACUAUUGACCCUCGUAGAGAUAUACCAAAGUUUAAUGAUUUUCCUAAUGUAGUAGUGGUGGAAAACGAUGCUUCACAGGCUAAAGUUGCAUGUAGUGUAGGUCACAUUUGUAAAAGACUUAUAGAAAAAUUUUCUCUAGCUUGCAAACUUAUAUGGGACACCAUUGACAAAUUCACAAAAUAUAUAUAUGAAGAACUACGACUAUUAAACACAGACACAAUGCAUUUGAAGGAAAAAUACACAUUAACUAACAAAAACGCGGAAAUAAUCGAAUUCUCACAAAGUAUAAGCAAAUAUAAAACCGGAAACUUCAAAAGUAAACUUGGCAAAAUAAGCAUGGAAUUUCUUAGGGACUCAGUGGUAGGUGUGCAAAAUCUACACAAAACUCAUUGCAUUGAAAAUAAUCUUAAAUCUCAAUGGGAAAAUAUAAGCCGUGAUUUAAAAUGCCCCCAUAAAAAUAAGGCCCCAGCAAGGGCUAAAACUAUGGUCGAGAAUUUAAGGGAUUCAUGGCAAAAUCUUGUACGAGAUAGAGCUACAAGAUCUCUCUCAUACAAUGAUGAACAAUUCCAUAUACUAGAAAGAAUAAAAAUUACACAAACAAUAAAAAGAAUAUUAGAGUUACUUGAUAAAGAAGUUGUGCCUCUAUACGCUCAACUAGCCGAAAAUUUCGGUGAUUGGUACAAAAUGGCUCAAAACAUACAACUUAAAGCGGAUAUUCUAAAAGCAGAUGUAUUCAAAUAUGACGAAAGAUUAGAGGACUUUUCCAGUGAGAUGUUUAUAAGUAACUCUGUUUAUAUGGAUCAUAUUAAAAAUAAUACACAGGCGAAAUCUGUUCUCCCCAAAGAUAUAAAAAGUAAUAAUCAAAAGGAUAAGUUAAAAAAUGUACUGAUGGAUUUUAAAAAAGAGUCCAAAGAUUUUAAGGAAAUUAUGGAUGAGAACAAAAAUUUGGUUAAUCAGCUUAAAGAAUUUAAAUUGUUUGCUGAUAACCCCCUUGCAUAAUAUGUGAUAUAAAGUAUUUUAAUUUAAAAGUUAUUAAUCA